UGAUGGUCGCGCGCACACAGCCCGCCUCUCUGCAGUCUGCAAUGUUGUGUUUACCUGCGUGCUGCUGCUCAGAUAUGAUCAAGCAACACAUCUGAGGAAUACACAGUCUUACCCUGCAACACGACGAUUCUCGUGUUGCAUUUGUCAACAUUUUUUUUUCUUUUUAAUAGAGGAGCGACCUAAAAUGAAUUAUUCGAGUCUAUAGGAUUGGACGCGCGUCCUCGACGCCAGGACAGCAAGGGUAAGACGAGGACAGGCUGUUGUCCCAGACAGGGCACCCUCCUCCUCUACAGCGGUGCGUUCAACUACAUUGUGGAAAAAAGAAAGAGCGCCUCUGCAGUUCCAAAACAGCACCUGCCAAAGCUUUGGUACCCCCGCCUAGGAGGUUUGAUUUUCUCCUGUGGUGUCUGUGUGGAGCGUGCCACACACCCACUCCACAACAACGACGGCUUUUGCUUGCAUCUUCCAGUGUUUCUUCUGUCAGCAAGUCCAGCAGAGCUGCAACUCUUCCAGUGCCAGCCCUGACACAAACGAAGAGCCCUGCCCCACUGACAUGGUGAAGAUGACCAAGUCCAAGACUUUCCAGGCCUACCUGCCCUCCUGCCAUCGCACGUACAGCUGCAUCCACUGCCGGGCGCACCUGGCCAAUCACGACGAGCUCAUCUCAAAGUCAUUUCAAGGCAGUCAAGGAAGAGCCUAUCUCUUUAAUUCAGUGGUGAAUGUCGGCUGCGGGCCAGCGGAGGAGCGGGUUCUCCUUACAGGUUUACAUGCUGUCGCUGAUAUUUACUGUGAAAACUGUAAAACCACCCUGGGCUGGAAAUAUGAGCACGCCUUCGAGAGCAGUCAAAAGUACAAAGAGGGAAAGUUCAUCAUCGAGCUGGCUCACAUGAUCAAGGACAACGGAUGGGAGUGACCCCUCGGCCACGCCACUAUUCCCUCACCUUGGAAUGCUCUUUCUUGAACUGUGUGGAGCGAAAUCCAUUGACUGGUCCACCCCCUCCUGAUGUAUACCACCUCCCCAACACACACACACAUGCACACACACCUCCUUCACGUGCACACACCCACCUGUUCAUCAUGAACCUGAAGAGAACUGACAUGAAAAAAAGAGGAGCAAAUGUGAACCAUCACGCCACAGGAGUCUCGUCAUUUCUUUGUGCGUUCUCCGCUGCGGCUCCGGAGUUUUGGGUUGGCCGACCCGCUCACCCCCUUAAACCAUGCUUACAAAGUGAUUGUGGCGAUAUGGCGACCACUACGUGCAAGGAGAAAGACUCCGCUGAGAGGACUUAUGUUUUCUUUUUAUUUCACUCAAUAGCGGGUAAAGUAUUUUGUUUUGUUUAUUUGCGUUGAUGGCAGAUGGAUGUUACUGGAUAGCAUUUUAUUUUCCCGCCAUGUUGGUCGUUUGUGUUUGCUUUUUGGCUUGUGACUCUGCAUAGAGCUGAGCAUGCUUUUCUUUGCUGAUGUCCAAAAGAGCAAUCGGGGACAGGCGAUGGGGGUGGAGGGAGUUUAUCCUAGUUACAAAUAUGUAGCAACAUCUUGCUUCUUAUUUUUUCUUCUUUUUUUUUUUGUUUUUUUGUUUUGAAGGACGGGAUUGUAGUCAUGUGAGAUUUUAUACCUGAGGUUUUUAUUGAUAUCCUUAAUUUUUAUUAUUACUUCUUUGGAAAUUUCUUUACUUCCCCUCUUCUGGUACUGUUCAGCACCCAAAAAGCAGUGAAAGCAGCACCUAGUAUUUCUUUGAUAUAAAUGGAUAUAUACAUAAAUUAUAUAUUAAAAAAAUCUAUAGAUAUAUAAAUAUUUGUAGUGUUUUGGCUCAGUGCGAUUGUGGCUGGUCCCAUUUUUGCAACAGUAACUUAACUGAAAGAGAAAAGCAGCAAAUGUAGUUUCUACACCGGGGGAAGCAAACAUCAGCGUCUACGUGUCAUAAAGUGUUAUGACAGUGUUUUAUUCCAUUGUCUAGUAAUGAUAUAUGAUUACAUUUCCAUAAAAACUAUGAAAAUGUUUGUAGAACGUAGAUAUUGGCUCAUGGAUUCUAUAUAUUAUACAUCUAUAUAUACUUUGUGUCAUGCACAUAUGUAUAUAUGCAUAUGAUGUGUGUGUAUAUGCAUUGUAUGUGUGUGUGUGGUCACGCAUUACACUGUGGCAUACUUGAAUGACGCUACUUUGUUUGCACUUUGCAGAGGUUUUUUUGGGGGGGGGGUUGUUUGAGUUUAGAGACAAAGGUUCAUCUGCCUGCAGAGAUCAAAGUGACGAGCACCACGCUUGGAAGGUUCGCUCGUUCGUUCCCGUCAGGAUGAGCCACCUUCACAGUGAGAUUUAUUUAUUGGUUGGAAUUGCUCCUCUUAAUGUUUCCGAUUGUUUUAUUUUUUUCCCUUUCUUUCAUUCUUAAUCAUAUGGACUCGUUUUGCUUGAUUUCUCUGCCUCCUUUGUUUUUGAAUUCCGAGUGUAUUUUCAAGUACUUUGCUGCUAUCUUUGAGAACGUGUCGGUCCUCUAACCCCAACCCCUACCACUCUACUCGGAUUCGGCUCUCCCUCAGAGCAUGUAAACGGUGUCUUUGUGGAUGCUGCCACUGAUUUACCUCAAGGCCAGCUGAACCUUGUGCCUCUUUAAAGCUCGAACAGCCUCUCCUUUCCUGUCGUGCAGUGUAUAACUCCAAACGUGUGAACCGAUGUGUCUUCCCUUUCUGGUUCAACCCCCCCCAAAAAAACAUUCUUCACCAAAUCCCCAUUGGCCCUCUGCCCUCUUUUUAAACUGAGGUAUUUUCCCAAACCUGAAUGCUACACAGACAUAUUUUCUAUGUUAAAAUCUCGAGGUGCAGAAAUGGAUAUUCAGUGUAUUAUUAUUCGUCAGGGUAAAUCCUAGAGGAGAUGAUUAGGCAUAGCCGAGGUGGCUAACAGUUGCCCGGGUUCUAGGUGGCAGGGUGAGAUUGGAGAGAUUUAAAAUCCACAGUGAUUGAUUACUUUGCCGGCAAGGUCAGUCAGAUCACAAGACCUUUUAAUCUAAAACGAUGACAAUGCAAACCCUAAAUAGUUAGCAGUGAUACCUACUUGAAUCUAUAGACGUGAACAGCUGAAAUAUUGGCCUGCGUUAGUUUUUGUACAUAAAGUAACAUAUUUAAGGUUUUAUACGUAUUUCUACUGGGUUAGUUCUUUUACUUCCCCAACUUGAAGCACUUUUGUUCAUUGUACCUCUGGCUGUGAGUGUGAGCGUGCGUGUGCCCCCCCCACCCAAUGCACAUGCUGAUGAAUGUCGAGUUUCUUUUCCUCGGAGUGUUUAUUUUCUCUAUUUUUAACUUAGACGUGCUUUCCUUGCUCAGCCUGUUUUCCCUUCGCUGUCUCUCCCGGUGAUCUGCAAGGUCGAGAGUCAGGUUGGUUUGUCCUGAGGGUGAUUUUUAUUCCCGUUUUUAGUUAGGAUUUGUCCUGUCAGUUAGCGUGUUUGUUUAGCUCGUGGUGUUUAGGUCUCUGCUGAACCAUGUAGACGUCGAGGGCGAGCUGGAAUCUCCCACCGUGUCGCAGGGAGAGCCUUUACCAACACCCUUUCACCACAGUAGUCUGCAUCACCUGUAUAGACGGCUUUCAGGUGAUGCUACGCAGCCGCCAUAUUGGAGGUCCAGACCUUUUUUGCAGAGCUGGCAACAAAUGGCAAGAUUGUGUUUGUAUAUUUACCACGUCACAUCGUGAAGACAAAAUUCAGGUGGAUUAAUUGCUUUUGUCUGUCUCCUGUUCAAUUUUAGUUUUCAGCAAGUUAGCUUGUUGGCUAGCUUACUGUCCACUGUAUUCCAGUUUAGGGGCUGCAUCCAGUGAUGUCUGGAAAAUGCCGUAACAAAUGGAAGUAGACGCAUACAGCACAUACCAACACCCAACAAUCCUGUUCAUCAGACAUGAACUUGUAUAAAAUGCAGUUUUCACCAAAGUACAAAUUAUCCAGUGGUAAUGAAACGUAAAGUAAAAGUCAUCUCGUGUUUAUAGCUGGCUUAAGAUGUUCCUUUUCUUUGACUUAAAAACAAGCAAGGGUUUUUUUUUUUUUUGGAAAUUUAUUCGUUGACUUAUAACGUUUGAAGAUAUCAGACAGCUGUUGGGACACUGUUAUCUGGAUCCACUCUUAGUUGUUUUUAGCAGGCACCACUAAGUGUCAUGAUUGUCUAUCAGAUCUUUGGAACGAAAUCUGUGAAUAGACGGGACCAAAAAUACUACAGAGUAACUUGAAUAAUUAAAACACCCAGAGAAAAUACAGCCUUAAUUUCAGUUUGAAACCCUCCGUGUUUAUAGUCAUGCGGCUUGGACGCUUACCAGUGUCCUAAGAUCAUGAUUGAUUAUCUGUGGUACUAGGUCUCUAUGGAGGAUCCUUGGGUACCACUGGAAUUACUGUGUCAAAUAAAAACAGUUGCUUAGGGAGACUGAGAUGAGGAGUACCACUUGCAUUGUGAGGGAACACUGGCUAUGACAUUUUGGCCAUGUGGCAGGUUUCUCUGAGUGUGAUUCAGAGACAGGCACCUCACUGUUGAAGACCCCAGUGUGUGGAGAAGUCCAAGAGGACACCCAUGUUUCACCUAAUUGAGACAGAAGGAUUGGCUGUCUGCUGAGGUGGUUACCAUUCCGAAUCCAAUGUGGUUCUGUUGAGAGGUUGAUGUGGCAACACACGGCACCAGUGAAUGCUCCUAAACCUGAGCUGAUGUGUCAUGAAGUCCACUCUGUGACAGUCAGAUGGAAAAUGGCACAGUCAAGUGUCCUGUAAAACUGGAAAUAUCACAGAAUCUUGUGGUGUUCUGCUGGUAUCUACCACUUUAUCAUCCAAUUGCUUAUCAUUUGGUGGGACAAAACAUGAAAAUGUUGACUCUAGGCAUGGAUGAUAAAAGCUGAAAUUCACUACUGGCUUUGUUUUGGUUUGCAGCUCCUCUGCUGGGAAGCAGCAUAAAUCUGGUCAGAAAACCCAGCAAACAGAUUUACCUUGCCAGCUCUUUUAAAGUUACUGAACGGACCUAUACGACAUUUUGCUGUUACAUGCAACCAGUCGUUUUUCCUUGAAGAGACCUCCAUGCUGGUGCCAGCAGUGGUUGCUGGGAGUUUUUGUUUUAAACCUUCUGUACUCUCCCUUCGACCAGUCGGUCCGUGCUGAAGCAGCAAAAAGCAGUCGCCAGUGUCGUAUGUACCAAAUAAGAAGCAGGUUCUGUUGAAUGCAUCGGUGUCGGACGCCAGGGAUUAUGUUCGACCCGGAGCGCCCCCUGCAGAUUCAACUGCUUUACCAAAAUGAAAGUGUGUGUCGAAUGUUUUGAUUCUAUGAAAGUUUGCUUCAAAGCAGCCUGGAAAAGAAAAACACAAUGUAGAUAUUUGCUGCUGAAACCUGUUUAGUUUUUAAGAUUUUUUUUUUUUCUUCUUUUGUGACACUGGCUUCAUACUUUUUGAGCUGUUGUACCUGAAAGGACGUCGAUCAAACGUUCUUUUGUUAGGAAGGUUAAAACACAGUUUAAGGUCUAAAGCAUGUUGUAUUUAUAAUAGCUAUAUGUUGUGCCUGUUUUUUUUUUGUUUUUUUUUCCUAAAAUUAAAAGACAAAAUAUUCUAUUCUUUUUAUUUGACUGCAUUGCUUUGCAUUCUGUCUUAGUAAAAACCAUGUCACAUGUCUGUUUUCACUCUAAUGUAAAGUAUCAGAUAUCACAAUAAAUUUUCAGUGGCAUUCAGUUCAA